CUCCACCACAGUACGCAGACGAACGGCUUGUCCAACUCGCGCACACACGCUGGCUGGUACUAAGCGCAGUCUUCUGCGCAGGACAGGUACUAUCGCGGGCAUGAGCGCAGCGCGUCCCCGAUGCCGAGGGCGGGAGUCGCUCAGCAAAGAAGCGGCCGCAGGGGAGAUAAAAAGAGACUCAUGUGUCCUCGCGGUCACGUCUUCACAUCACCACAAUCACCCUCUCCAUCCCCUGCUUGCCAAGCUUCCUAUACACCUCCACACGCAGAGUCACGCGCAGUCACAUGCCAUGCCGUCGAUUCGCAAAACUAUGACGACAAAUUCAUGAAUGGGAAGGGAGAAAAAAAUCCUUCCGGGACCAAGCGGCACUGCAGACGGAUAGCGCGAGAGAAAUGACGAGAAUUGGGUGCAUGUACGCGGACACGGCGCGAGGCUGUGUGGGAGCGUGAGCCGCUUAUAGCUAAGCGCGUGUGAGAUCCUCCGGCCACUCGGAGCGAAGAGAGCGCGAGAGACAGUAAGAAAGCGAGAGAGCGAAUAAGCGAGUGCGGCGCGUGCCUCUGCUCUGCUCUUCCCGCGCGCGCGCGCAACCCAGCAGCGGCAGAGCGGCGGCUCAACGGCCAGCGAUGGUGCACCAGGUGGCGGGGAAUCGGGUCCUAGUGGCCCUGGGCGCGAUGGCUUUGGGAGUCGUCGCUGUCGUGACAUGUAUAGCGGUGGCCUUUUGGGGAAAGGAAUUUGAACCAGGAAGAACAGCAAGGACCGUACCGCUCAAUGCCUCCACCAUGGCAGACUUUUUCAAAACCGACUCCAGAGCAUCCAAAGCCUUUGUGUUCCUUGCAGCUAGUGACUCUGGAGAGGAUAAGAUGGGGCCCAUUAAAUGGGAGGAGCAGCUUCAAAUGAACGUUCACCUAGACGCGAGCAAGACACAGAUUUUUUUAGAAGAGGAGGGCUUCUACCUGAUCUUUGUGCAGACUACCUUCAAGGUUCCAAUUACAAAGACCACGCCACUGGUUCUUAAGGUGAAAUUCAAGUAUCUGGAGGGUGAGGAUGAGGUGGCGGCGGUCUACCAGACGCACUGCGCCCAGUCAGCCAACAAGGAAGAUGAAGUGGAUGCCGUCUUGAGCCAGCCCGUGCUGCUGAAGGUCACAAAGGGGGACAGCAUCACUGUGUGGGCCAGCCCCCUAAAGCUGAUAGACUAUGAGCUGAGACCCUCUCCCAGCUUCCUGACCCUUGUCAAGGUCUCAGAUCUGAAGGAAGGCAUGGGAAGCAAUGCAGUGAAGGGGGUGCCAGCUGUGGAGGGAGGUGAUGGAAUGUAGGAGUAAGGAGGGAGGCAAAGGAAGGGAGAUGAUGAGGAGGGAGGUGAUGGGAUGGAGACAUGAGGACUGACACUUCUGUGUUGUUUCCUGCUUCUCUUCAAAUAUGUGAACCAAACAAGCUGGAGCCAGACCUACUGCUGUGAGAAUGGUGGCCAGGAGCGGUCAACACCGCAUCCUGUUGAAAGCCUCUGGUGUUUGCCGCUAACCUGACUGACCACAGCUAAAGCAAGGGUUAUCGGUUCUGACCCUCUAGGGCUGCCGUGUCUCUUUCCUCUUAAAUGGUCCUUUAUGUAGUUCAUUGGGCAGUGUGUCAUCACGCUGAUCAUUUGUCACCUUUCUCUGUAAUUUUUCAGCUUGGCUACUAACCUCUUGUGUUAAGCCUGCAGGACUCAAGUCCAGGAAAACCACAGCUACACACUUGUGAGAUAAAAUAUUAAUAGUGGUGGAACCUUCCUGCUUCUCUUUUAAGAAAAUAUUGCUGGAAAAAGUCCCAGAAUAUCUUGUCAUAAAGAAACACUUUGCAAGCCAGGCUCUUGCAAAGUUUCGGAUUUGAAUUCUGAUGUAUGUCUUCAGGAGGUUGUUGCUUGGAGUUCUGCAGAACUGAAAUGUAGUAGCAGGAGGGUGAAUCUAAGUCCAGAGCACUGGUGCCUCCUACAGAGCCUCAAGCCCCACUGCAGGUUGUUGGCUGCUUGUCCCAAGUGGCAGUGACAUAUUACCCAGUGUGUAAAGAAAAGCUUUGCAGACUGUAAUGCACAGCUUUCCCCGAGCACAGAUGAGUGUGAUACACCAUUGGAAAUUAAUCUUAAAAAAUGACAUCUGAGGGAAGAAAACCUGUGUGGGGAAACUGCGUGACAACUACUUUUUUCUGUUUGCUUGCAGUAAUGGUAACCAUGAGAGGUACCCCAGAGAGAAAAAUACAAAGUACUGGAAACUGAAUCAAAACUAAACUGCCCCCACCACUCUCCACUGGUCUUUUCUGAAUGUUUUAAUCGUCACACCUCACUUUAGGCAAGAUUAGUUAAGGAGUGCACACUCAGGUGUGCCUGUCUUCUGUUUCCCACAUGCACUUUUGACUAACCAAGCCUUCUACCCCAUGAUUGCGUGAUGCCCUUCCUUGUACGUGUGUACACACUCACUCACUCACACUCUUUCAGAACCGCUUGUCCCAUACAGGGUCCCUUCCCUCUCCGGCCCUUCCUUGUAUUUUAAGCUUUAUUGCCUGAACUCACCACAGUAACAAAUGUGUAUAUUUAUAUAUUUAUAUCGCGAUAAGUGCUCGAGAUACAUUUUUAAAGUCAGCUGUCACAUACAGUGUGUUCCAAAAGCCACUGUAGCCACCUAUGGACCUUACAUUUUAUUUUUAUAGCUCACCACAGCAGUACAAAAAAGUAUUCAAAGCUCAUGUGACAUGUGGUUUGCAAUUAACAUUGUUUUUUGUUGAUGUUAUUAAUUAUGUAAUGUUUCAAUAGCUUUUUGCCAUUUUAUUUCAUGUUUUUCCACCCACUACAGCAGGGGUUCUUAACCUGUGGGGUGGGAGGUGCAAAAGGGGCACAGCAGAGCUCUGAGAUUCCUCCCAGAAAAUUAAUCACAUUGAUUCCUUGAUUAAUUUGGGGAAGGACAGGAGGUGUAAAUAUUAGGUUCACUUUCAGGUAGGGUGUGAGGGUAAAAGGGGGUAAAAGGCCUCUUCCAAAGAGUGCUCAUGACAUGUUCGUCUAUUUGUAAUUUUGUUGAAAGGCUACUUUUCUACAGCAGUUUACAGGAAGUUAAAACUAUGUUUUGUGAAUAUUUUGUAAAUUAUAUUUAUAAUUAUCUCUGCAUCAGUAACUGGUGUGCCUUCUGAAUGUGUUCUCCUGUCCCAGUGGGUGUCCAGGUUGUUUGUAUCACUGCAGAAUGUCACAAUUAAACUGUAACACAGAAAACCUUCUCCUUAAUAAAGGGAAACCGUCUUACAAA